AUUCCGUGGGACUAGUCAAGGUCGUAAGAGUGACUGACGCACAUUACAGACAACAGAGAUUGAUACCAACAUUUAAUAGCUAUAUCUUAUUGUGAUAGAAACAAUAAUAUUUUUUUAUUUUAUUAUUAUUAAUGAGUAAUAAACUCGUAUAAUUUAUGUUAAAUUAUUUUAAAAAUUAAAUAUAGUAUUGUUAAAUAUAUAUAAAAGUAAAGGUUAAGAUGAUUAAAUUAUUUUCGUUGAAACAAGCUAAGAAAGAUGGCGAAUCACCAAAACCAGGUAGUCAAAAGAAAGCAUCGGCUGCGCAAUUGAGGAUUACAAAAGAUAUAAACGAACUGAAUUUACCCAAAACAUGUGGGACGGAAUUUCCUGACCCUGAUGAUUUGUUAAAUUUUAAAUUAAUUAUUUGCCCUGAUGAGGGAUUUUAUCGAGGUGGCAAAUUCACAUUUAGUUUUAAGGUUGGACCAAACUAUCCUCAUGAACCACCAAAGGUUAAGUGUGAAACGCAAGUUUAUCAUCCAAACAUUGAUCUUGAGGGAAAUGUUUGUUUAAAUAUUUUAAGAGAAGAUUGGAAACCAGUGCUCACUAUUAAUUCUAUCGUUUAUGGCCUCCAGUAUCUAUUUUUGGAACCAAAUCCCGAAGAUCCAUUGAAUAAAGACGCAGCUGAAGUUUUACAAACAAACCGACGAGCCUUUGAACAAAAUGUAACAAAAGCCAUGAGAGGUGGGUACGUGGGAUCAUUUUAUUUUGAACGAUGUCUCAAGUGAUACAUUUUGUUUCCAAGUUUAUGAAUAUAUUUGUCACGCAAUCUCACUGAAAGUUGCUACUAGAAAAUAAUAAAAUAACGGUGGAUUAAUAAUGGACGCCCACGUAACAAAAAAUUUUAUUUUAAUUUACUUGUUACUUGCGCGCCCCUAAAUGAGAACAAUUAUUAAUUUAAAAAAUAAAUAAGUAAAAAUAACAUUAAUAAUAAUGGUAACCACGUUUGUAAAAUAAAAUUGCGAUUCUUUAUGACAUUUUAGUCCAUUACUCUAGACUGCUUUUGUCAAAUUAAAAUAAAAUCCUACUUAUAAAUAUAUAAAUAUAUUUACCAAUAUUUAAUAAACAAUUAAUUUAAUUAUAAGUGAGUCUUGUGACCGAAUGUCAAUGUCCGCGAUAACAUCUUAGACAUAAUCGUAAUUGUCGUAUAAUUGCUGGGACAAUUUAAAUAAAUAAUUAAUUAAUUACUUUAUAAGCACUUUCAUCCGAUUUUUUAAAACUCGAUUUAUUUUUUAUUAUUAUUAUAAUUAUAAUUACUUUUACUGAUAUUUAAAAAUAAUAAGUCGUGGAGAUUUAUGUAUAAAGAAAUAUUGAUAAUGGAGAUAAUUAAUAAAAUAAUAAUGAUAAUAAUAAAUUUAAAAACCAAGUGAUUGAAACUGUAUGUUAAAUUAAUAUUAAGUGUGAUAGCCGGUAGUUUAUUAGAUCCAAUUUAUUUAUCGAAUACUUUAGUGGAUUUAAAUUUUAAAAUAAUCUUGUGACCAUGGUGAUGAGCACGAGACUAUGACUCUUAUUAUUAUUAAUUUUUUUUAUAAAUAAAUAUAUAAAAGAUGAUACUGAAGUUAGCCGACGUCUAAUAAUUUUUGGAUUUUUUUUUUGAACGAUAAAUUAUCAAAAAAAAUUUUUGAAAAAAUGCACUUGUAGUUUUUUUAAUUUUCUACAUGUGCAUAUUUUUAGUUUUUUUUUUUUUUUUGUAAUUGAAGUGGAAAAAAAAUCGAAAAUUGUUUGCUAACUUCAGGAUCAUAAAAGAUCUCCAUUUCAAACGAACCGAGAUAAUGGAAAUCUUGUGUACGUAAUUAAUAAUAAUUAAUUUUUCUGUCGCUUUAUAUCGUCUCGUUCGUAAUAAUAAUAAUACAUUACCCAUAAAAGUAUUUAUGGACUGCAUUAUUAUGUAUUAAUUAAUAAAAAAAAAAAUUAAAAAAUUAAAUGUCAUUUGCACUCCAUACCGAACUUGAUUUUUUUUACAUCCUCACUAUAAAUAAUUAAUUUUUACUACAUGCUAUUAUUAAUUUAACACAACCAGGUACUUAUUGUUUUUUUUUUUUUUU